UGGAAGUGCUGGAAAUUGCCGUCGUCUUCGCCCCCGUCGGCAUCAAACUGGAUCAUCAAAAUUGAGGAACAUAGUGGAGGAGGUGGUGGUGGAAUGAUGGAGAGGCCGGGGUGGCUGGAGGGGCUGAUGGGAGAGAGGUUCUUUGGGAGCUGCAGGGUGCACCAGGAGAGGAGGAAGAGUGAGAAGAAUGUCUUCUGCUUGCUCUGCUGCUUCAGCCUCUGCACUCACUGCCUCCCCUCCCACCCUUCUCACCCUCUCCUUCAGGUGAGAAGAUACGUGUACCAUGAUGUGGUUCGACUGGCCGAUCUCGAAAAGCUCAUUGACUGUUCCUAUAUUCAGCCCUACACCAUCAAUGGUGGGAAAGUGAUAUUCCUGAACCAAAGACCCCAGUCCAGAAACUACAAGGGCCCUUCAAAUAUUUGCUUCCAUUGUGACAGGACCCUUCAAGAACCCUUCCACUUCUGCUCUCUUCAAUGCAAGGUGGAUCAUUUGUUGGAUCGUGGUGAAGAUCUGUCCAGCAUCCUCUACAGUUUCGAUGGGGCGGAUUUCAUGGUCACUCAGAAUUUCGAGGGUCUAGGAAUGGAGAGCUCAUUGGACGUUCUGAUCGAUCAUGGCCAAGCCACGCCAAGCUCAUCACUCCUAGAUGAAGAUCAUCGCUCAAUGCAACAUCACGAUUGUCAAUACGAUGACAAUAACUCGACGUCAUGCAUGAGUAGUGAGGCCAUGAGCAAUACGUCGGGAGUUUUGCGCAAUGCCCAUCAGUCAAAGGAGACGGCGGUAAAAAUGAAAAACAAAAGGAGUGGUAAUAAACUCAUCCCUGGGAUUGUCUUGUCUCUGAGCAACAGGAGAAAAGGAGCUCCUCAUAGGGCUCCUCUUUCCUGAACGCCUCCCUGGGUCCUGAAUCAAUUCAUUCACUUCCAACUUAGCACUAUUACCCCACAUGCAAUAUUUUCCUCCAAGUACUACCCCUACUACGUUCCCUCAUAGGUUAUUAGCUACAUAAUUGCGUGACCAAACGACGUUACGGACAGCGCUCGUAUCGAGCAUUAUUCUCCUUUCCUAUCUAUCUAAAUGUAACGACAAGGUGCAAUUUAUGUUGCUCACCAUAGCUCAGGUGGAUACAGAUCCG